UUGUACAUCUUCAAAAAAUAUAACCUAUUGUUUGAACUCGUUAAGGUAAAAAUAAUAACAGCGCACAAUGGCAACAAGUCGAUUAGAACGAAUUGGGACUAUUUUUAGCAGAACUGAGGGCCUACUUUUGCGUGGAGCGAUGAAACCAGAUGAUAGACCGUUAUGGUUUGAUAUUUACAAAGCAUUUCCACCUACAACGGAACCAAAAUUUGCAAGACCAAAACCCGAAAAUAAGCCCAUUAGACAAAUUCUCUACAAAGAAGAUAUCCUUAGAGCGAAAUUUCACGCCAAAGGACAUGGAUUAAGUUCUAACAUGUUUAGUUUGAAUGAAACAUAUACAAAGAAGCUCAUACAAAAGUUCGAGCAAUUGAAAUCUGAGAGUAUUUCUGAAGAAGAAUUAAUUGAAAAAUGCGUCACAGCUGUCGGUAGUGAGCGACAAACAGAAGCUACUAAAACUACAACGAAGAAUCCCGAUUCAGUAUCCUCCCACGUUUUAAAUGAAGCCAAUCUUAAAAAUAUUUUUAAAGAAUAGAUAAUUGCCUAUGUCUGCAUUUGUAUUAGUUAUAGUUUUUUAGUGUAAAUUUUCUUUGUUUCUUACAUAAAUAA